AUGGGUGUGUGUGGUUGUGCACGGAGGUGUAUGGGUGUGUGUGGUUGUGCACGGGGGUGUAUGGGUGUGUGUGGUUGUGCACGGGGGUGUAUGGGUGUGUGUGGUUGUGCACGGGGGUGUAUGGGUGUGUGUGGUUGUGCACGGGGGUGUAUGGGUGUGUGUGGUUGUGCACGGGGGUGUAUGGGUGUGUGUGUGGUUGUGCACGGGGGUGUAUGGGUGUGUGUGUGGUUGUGCACGGGUGUGUAUGGGUGUGUGUGGUUGUGCACGGGUGUGCACGGGGGUGUAUGGGUGUGUGUGGUUGUGCACGGGGGUGUAUGGGUGUGUAUGGUUGUGCACGGGUGUGUAUGGGUGUGCACGGGUGUGUAUGGGUGUGCACGGGUGUGUAUGAGUGUGUGUGGUUGUGCACGGGGGUGUAUGGGUGUGCACGGGUGUGUAUGGGUGUGCACGGGUGUGCACGGGUGUGUAUGGGUGUGCACGGGUGUGCACGGGUGUGCACGGGUGUGUACAUGUCUGUACUAUUGUUUGAUUCCAAAUUAA